CGCCUGUUCGAGGGAGCAGGACGCGUCGCGAGGGCCGAAUCUUAUUAAAAGAUGGCGACCCGCGCGCACGGCGUGCUUCCCCAGCCGGCGGAUCCGAAAUACCGACUGGUGCACAUAGGCUUCACCUCACCCGGUGGUCCCACGCACAACGUCGAUAAGGACGCGCACGGAUACCGCUACGACUCCAUAGGCAUAUGCAACGGCGUCAUCAACGCGGGCGCGUCCUGCGUGCGGCUGCAGUACGACCCGACCGAUCCCGAGCGCAUGGCGCGGGAACUCGCGCAGUACGACGGGUACAUCGUGCGCAUCAACCCCGGGCAGCUGUCCAGGCCCGGCGUGCCCCAGGGCGCGCAGCGGGUCUUCGACGAGCUCAUGGACUCGUUCGUGCACGCGGGUAAGCCGGUGUGGUCUUCGCCCCAGGUGCAGAAGAGCAUGGGAGCCAAGGAUGCGCUGGUUCGGAUAAACGGGAUGGCGUGCGGUCUGUCGGACACCCUCGCGUACUACACGCCCGAGGAGUUCAAGGCGAACUUCGUCAAGACCGCCGCGUUCCAACCCAGGGUCAUCAAGCAAAACAGGGGCAGCGCGGGAGAGGGUAUCUGGCUGUGCUGGCUGGUGGACAAGCCGUAUUGCAAAAAGUUUGGCGACUCCGAGUUGGACAUGAGUGAUACGCUGAAGCUCAUGGAGAUGAACGACGAGCACGUGGAGUACCACACGGUUGGCGAGUUCAUGGAGUUUUGCGUCAACGGUCCGGAGAAUAAGGAGCUCGCCGGUGAGUGGCGCAGCGUUUUUCCCGGGAAAUACCUCACCGGCCAGGGUUCGCAUCUGGUCGAUCAGCGCCUGAUGCCGCGCAUCGCCGAGGGCGAGGUUCGCAUGCUGAUGGUCAGGGACCAGCUGUUCCAGAUCAUCCACAAGAAACCAAAAGCGGACGGGGGCAUGAGCGCGGUGGGCGGGAACAACGUUCCGACGUUUUACAGGCCAGACGCGCCCGAGUUUGCGGGACUUCGCGAGAAGUUCAUCAAAGAGGACGUGCCGCACCUGUUGGAGGUUAUGGACCUCCAAGACCAGCCCCUUCCCCUGCUGUGGACCGCGGAUUUCAUCCCCAUGGACAGCGACGACGUUCCGGGCGAGACGGUGUACAAGGUUGGGGAGUUCAACUGCUCGUGCGUGGGAGUGAGCAAGUUCAUGGCCAGCGCCAAGGGUGGAACCAUAGAGGACGUCAGCGACGACGAUUACGCAGAGGCUAUGUCGCUGUGUGACCUCAUCGGCAAGCAGGUGGUCGAGGCGAUGGACACGCACUGGGCGGCACUGCAGAAGGAGAUCGCGGGUCACCCCGGGCGCGGCGGGGGAUAAACUACAUUCAUUAUCGCGUACGUUAGAAGAACAUGAAAGGAGGAGAGACGAACGUUAGAUGGUU